GGCGGAUUUUUUGAGAAGAGCCUCAGCGCCUCAGAGCAGCGGCAGCCGCUGGAGCAGUUGCGCGGCUGUUUCUCCCUCUCCGCCCGGAGGAGGAGGAAGAGGAGGAAGAAGAGGCUUCGGCUGCCGCCUCUCCGAUCCUCCCUCCCCCCUUCCCCUUCCGCCCCACACCUUUAUGGACGAGCGCCGGAGCUUGCUCUACUCUCCGGCUGCCUCCUCCGCCAGCCGGCAUCCGCGGGGCGGCUCGACCAGCCACCACAACCUGGGCUACACCGAGCAGCUGCCCCCCGCCGCCCCCCAGCCGCCCCCCGACCAAGAGGAGGAAGAGGGGGAAGAAGGGGAAGAAGGCAGCAUGACCGUGGUGGGAGGCGGCGGCGGAGACCCUUUGCUGGAAGAACCACAGCAUCCUCAUCCUUUGCUGGGGGGGGACCGCUACGAUCACCCCCCGACUCCGGCCGCGGUCCCCGCCGGCCAGCCCGCGGGCGGUGGGGAGCACGAGUGCUGCGAGCGGGUGGUGAUCAACAUCUCGGGGUUGCGGUUUGAGACCCAGCUGAAGACGCUGGCACAGUUCCCCGAGACGCUGCUGGGGGACCCACGUAAGAGGAUGCGCUACUUCGACCCCCUCCGCAAUGAGUAUUUUUUCGACCGUAACCGUCCCAGCUUUGACGCCAUCCUCUACUACUACCAGUCGGGUGGACGCAUCCGGCGACCCGUCAACGUCCCCAUCGAUAUCUUCUCUGAGGAGAUCCGCUUCUACCAGCUAGGGGAGGAGGCCAUGGAGAAGUUUCGGGAGGACGAGGGUUUCAUUCGGGAGGAGCAGCGGCCGCUUCCCGACAAGGAGUUUCAGCGCCAAGUGUGGCUCCUCUUUGAGUACCCUGAGAGCUCUGGGCCAGCCCGAGGCAUUGCCAUCGUCUCUGUCCUGGUCAUUCUUAUCUCUAUUGUCAUCUUCUGUCUGGAGACCCUGCCUGAAUUCAGGGAUGACCACGACUAUGAGGGAACUGGAGGGACCUUCGGGACAGGCGGUGGCCCUCUCCCACCUGAUGUCUUCACCAACUCCUCAUCCUCAGCUACUUCCAUGGUGUCGUCCUUCACCGACCCUUUCUUUGUGGUAGAGACUUUGUGCAUCAUCUGGUUCUCCUUCGAGCUGCUGGUCCGCUUCUUUGCCUGCCCCAGCAAGGCCACCUUCUCCAAGAACAUCAUGAACAUCAUUGACAUUGUGGCCAUCAUUCCCUACUUCAUCACGCUGGGCACCGAGCUGGCUGAGAGGCAAGGCAACGGCCAGCAAGCCAUGUCCUUAGCCAUCCUCAGAGUCAUCCGGCUGGUCAGGGUCUUCCGUAUCUUCAAGCUCUCCCGGCACUCCAAGGGGCUGCAGAUCCUGGGGCAGACCCUCAAGGCCAGCAUGCGGGAGCUGGGCUUGCUCAUCUUCUUCCUCUUCAUCGGCGUCAUCCUCUUCUCCAGCGCCGUCUACUUCGCAGAAGCCGAUGACCCCAGUUCAGGUUUCAGUAGCAUCCCCGAUGCCUUCUGGUGGGCGGUGGUGACCAUGACCACGGUGGGCUAUGGGGACAUGCACCCCAUCACCAUUGGGGGCAAGAUCGUGGGGUCUCUCUGUGCCAUCGCAGGGGUGCUAACUAUCGCUCUCCCCGUGCCUGUGAUAGUCUCCAAUUUCAACUAUUUCUACCACCGGGAAACAGAAGGUGAGGAGCAAGCCCAGUACAUGCACGUCGGGAGCUGCCAGCAUCUCUCGUCCAGCGAGGAGAUGCGGAAGGCUCGCAGCAAUUCCACCCUCAGCAAAUCUGAGUACAUGGUGAUCGAGGAAGGGGGAAUCAACCACAGUGCAUUCAAACAGGCUGCCUUUAAGACAGGCAACUGCACAACCACAAACAAUCCCAACUGUGUGAAUAUCAAAAAGAUCUUUACGGAUGUUUAAAAAACCCACACCAAAAAAACAGCAACAAAAUCUAAGGAUGCGGUAAAAAAAUAAUAACAAUAAUAAUGCAAAGUGACUGUGUACUCGGUAUUGUGUGGAACAUGCACCAUCGUCGGUCUGUGUGUGCCCUCGUUUUUAUACGUUUAUUUUUUUAGAUCCUUCCUUUCUAAAGAUAAAAAAAAAAAAAAGGAUUAAAAAUUCUCCGAAGAAGAGGACAGCUAAAGGGUAAAGAAAAGGAAGAUGAAGACAAAACACACUCACUGUCGAAACAGGUGUUUGUUCUGCAACGUGUUGCAGGGCUGCUUUGUUUUCUCGGUUUUGGGGACCUCUCGUUUUGCUCCUGAAUUUUCUCCCUCCCCUUCCCUAAAGGCAGCGUGUAGCCUUCCCUUCCAUCACAUAAGCUCACUUGUUGGAUUAACAACCCUGGAUUGAGUGGGGAGAGGAGGAAAACAUGUUGCAGAGCCUACUGCAAGGGGGUUGGGAGGAAAUAACCAUUUAAUUUUGCAGAGAGUCUCUGUUACCACAUUGUUAAAUGACGCUUAAAUUGAAACGUGUGGUGUGCCAUUACAGGCACAUCACAGAUUCCCUUCUCUCCCCUGUUAGAUGAUUUCUGAAAUUCUAAUCUGGUCAGAGACCUGAGUGCAAUCAAUGCUGAUUUAAAUAGAAAAAAGAAAAAAAGAAAGAAAAAGCCCUUGUUUUGUGUUCUUAAUUCCCUUCCCCUGUAACCCUAUGGUAUUAUUUCAUCCAACGCCAAAUUUGUGGCCGUGCAGCAGGUCUGUGUGCGGGGAGGAGGGAGGCAAAAGGCAAAAUGGAAUGGUUUCAGGAGCCGACAGGGUGCAGGGAGCGAUGCCAGCAUGGACCGGGGGAUGCAGAAUCCGCGACGGGCUCCUCGCUGUGGCUGUGCAGCUUCAAACCCACCCAGCUGGAGACAAAGGGAUAUUUCCUCCCUUUUUUGCAAUGCGUUUGGGAGAGAUGCAGCUGCUUAUCGCAAGAAGAUUAAAGUGGCGAACACGCCUUCCAGCGGAAGUCACUAAUUCGGACCGGAGUGAUGCAGUUGCCAUGGUGACCAUGGUUUCCUGGGAAACCCCUAAAGGUUGUCAUGGCAUCCCUUCUCCCAUCCCCCUUGGUCCUCGCUCUUCGCACAAAAACCUUUCCAGAUGGUUCCAGCCCUGUCAUCCCACAGGACACCGUGGCUCUGCCCCGCAAUGUGACCCCAUCCUGGCACCCCCUUCCUGGGCCACAUCCUGGCUGCAGCUUCCCCUGUGCCGAAUAAAGCACCCGUAGGCAAUAAGCACACCACGAACUCACCUCUCCCUCGCAAAGGAGCUCACACCUUGGUGGUGAAAUUGGGGGAUGGAGUCUCCUGCAAACACGAGUUCCCACUGCGCCGACAGUGACCCUGCGCUCCCCCUGCGCCACACGAAACCCGGCGGUUUCCCCAAUCCCAGUGUGAAAUGGCACUGGGCAGCCAGCGGGAGAGCUCGGCUCAGAAACCUCGGCAGAUUUUUGAAACAAGGGGGACAGAUCUAUAAAGAACAGGAUUGAAAAGUAACCAAAAUUCUGCCGGGGAAAAUAGACCCGCUUCUUCUUCACAUGUGCACCAGAGGCCACGGGACAUCUGAUGGGAUCAGGCUGUGCAUAAAAGUGGUUCUUUGCUCUGCCCAACAGAUAACAGAAGAAGUUUCAAAAUUAAGACCUUCAGGACUGUGUUGAGAAAUAAAACGUCUCCAAGAAAAUGGCAAACAUCACGGACACGGUGACUGAUGCUGCUGUGGACCCGACUGACAGAGGGUCUGUCCUCCCCAGUUAAAUCCAUUUCAUAUUUCAUAUAUAUAUAUAUAUAUAUAUGAAAUAUUUGCCACGUUAUCUGUGUUUUCUAACAAGUGCAUUAUGUAGAAGGGAACAUAUUUGCAGCCAGAAGAUUAUCUUCCAAUCAUGUGCAAUAUAACGAGACUGAACACAGCCAGGAAAAUGGAGGAGGGGAUGUGGAUAUCAGUUGGAUGUUAUUUCAGUCUUUUUUUUUUUUUUUUUUAAUUUAAAAAAAAUCUCUUGAAAGAUUAAGCAACCGGAAAGGAAACGUUAACCGGAGCUGCUCAUAAGCAGUCCAAGUGUUUUCCUCGAGGUGGGAGGGAGAUGGGGGAAAUUCAGUUGCUUUCACUCUUCCCUGUCAAAGGCCACGGGCUGUUUUCAGCGCUGGGAUGUGAAAUUUCUGUUCCCUCUUUCUGACUUUCCUGCAAAUGCUCUUUAUAAGUAGGUAUGUACUGUACCAAAGGCUGUGAUUUAUUUUAAGUCCUUAUUAAGAAAGUAACAUCUCCACUGAUGGUGAGGAAAAUUGUGUCACACAGUCGACAAAUUGUGCCUUCUUUUCAGGAUCGCUCCAUGAAAAACUACGGAAAAAUCGAAUUUCUAGAGGUGGAAAAGGUACAAACCCCCAGUCCUGGCUGGUUGUGCCCCUGCUUCAUUUCACAAAAGCCUGUGUGCCCUUCUCUGUUGUUCCACUGUCAGUCCUGAGGGAAUAUUAUAGUAUUGUUUUGCUAAUACUAUAAUAAAUGGGAAGUCCAUCACUCCUUUGCCCAUCGCUGUUUCAUUCUGCACGCUGAGUUAUUUUUUGUGGCAGGUUAAGAGCUGUGGGUUGCCUGCACUCAGCUGCAAAGCUGUUAAAACUGGGAUUUCCCUGACCUCACUGCAUUUCCUAGGACCCUAUGGCUAAAUAUUCUCCCAGUGCAAAGGGAUAAAUGGUCUGCAAAGGUGUAAAUGCCAAACGGCAAAGGGGUCCAUGGUCUCUCCUGCUUCAGGCUCCCCACUCUCGCCCCAGCCUCAUCCACCUCUGCACGCUGCCUCUGUCCCAGUUUUGAGACUAAACCCGCCCCCCCCCCCAGCACAUACUGGGUUGGAGGAGCAAGGCAAUACUCGCAACAGCAUUGGAGUUCUGGGCAAAAAUAAUGUUGGUGGGACUGAGCAAGCAUGGGAACCUCUGCGUCUGCAUUGCAAUAAUUCACCGGCGAUGGUUCGGGGAACGUUAAUUCGGACUGGACCAAACAAAGCAAGCUGGAGCUUGCUCUAAAGCAGAGGGUGCUCACAGGGAAGUGACAGGAGGCAAAAUCUUUAGGCAUGUGAAACAAACUCUUGAAUUCAUGCCACUGACUGCUUUGGGUCCGUGUUCAAAGACAAGCCUUGGGGUCCCCACUGGGUACCUGGAAAGUAGAGCAAGGACCACCCUGCCACCAAAACCUGGAUCCUUCCCUGAGCAAAGCUAUUUACCUGCAUUUCAAACCAGAUCCUGGGCAGGAGGAGAUGGGGAAGAUACACAGGAGACACAUGUGGGAUGCUUCAAGUCACAACCCAAAGGAGGAUGCACCUAAAAAUAAACACCCUACCUGGAAGAAAGGCUGGGAAACAGGAAAACUCAGGGGAAUACUUGUGGCAAAGCAACUGGCUUUCUGCACCAGGCAUCUUUCCUUGCAGAGAGCUUUGAAGACGAAUGAGACCCAAGUGGGUUCCUUGAGCUGUUCCUGAAUGAUAGUUCAGGGCUGGGAUUGCUCUGGACCUGCCUGUGGUUCAGCAUCCUCCUUUCUGGCUGUCUAAGCCCCGCACACAAACUUCAGCCGAAAUUAGGAUUGAGAAAUUCCCUUAAUGGUGGGGAAAUAAUGUGGUUCUUAAAGGAGUGCAUUGACUUCGGUGAGGUCACGUUUUGUUUUGUUGGUUUUUAAACACUGAUAAUUUCUUGGCUUGAAUUCCUCCUCCUGUCAUGGCAUAUGCGUCAUUGGUGAUGAAGACCUUGUUCAUGGGAGCACAGCUUGGGGGGUCCCAAAGACAGAUGCCUCUGGGGCUCUGCGUGGGUGCAGGCUGUGGAGAACAGGCUGAGAUGGUGAGAAAAGAAUUAAAAAUUAAAAACCCAGCAGUUUUAGUCAAAGCUGCGUCACUGGCCUUGGGGAAUGAAGAGCAAAUAUGGAUCUGGCCCUUAGUGGGCCAUUGCAGCUGGGGCUUGUUUGCAUUUAUUCCCAGCAUGGUAGAAACCCUGUGGUCCCUGGAGCUGUGGAUAAAUGAAUUUGAAGGGCCUGGUGCUGCUGGCACCUGGUUUUAGCACAGCUUUUGCAGCACAAGGUGCAGAGGGAGCUGGGAUGGGGAUCUGGAGUGCUGGAGGAGCCUGAGGAGCAGAUCUCCAAGCCCACAGAGACGAGCUGGGGGUGCCAAGGCUCGGCAGAGGGAUGCUGGAGAGGCACAGAGGUGAAGCACCCUGUGGUGUGACAUCAAUCCGGUGUAAAAGCCCUCUGCACAAAUUAAAGCUAAUCGGAGUGAUGGUUCUCCUUAACUUGGGGUUUGGCCGUGCCCUGCCCUGAGGCCAGCCUGUGGGGGGGUAGGCAGAGGGAGCUCCUCCAUGGGAUCCUCCAGCUGAUUGCUCUGCUGGCAGAUCCCUGGGGAUCUGGCAGUAACUGCAGUGCUGCCGCAGCCGGAGCGGUUUGAGGAUGGGCUUGCAGAGCUCAGCCGACAGCAUCUUAACAUGGAUAACUGAAACCACCUCCCAGGCAUCCAUCCCCUGGCUGUGCCCCCCCAGGCUGUCUCAUCCUGCAGCUCCCUAGCACCAAAAUUAAUUAAUAUUCACACGAUAAAAAGCCUAAGAUCUUAAAAAAAACACCUAAAAAAGACAAGAAAAAGUCUCCGGUGUUUGGAGAGUGGGGGCUGAGUUAUUUCCAUCACUGGAAACCCCAAAUAACCGAGUGGUGGUCUGGUCUCUUCCCCAUUGCUAUGGAUGGAGCUGCUGGCAGGCUGGGGUAGGUGGGACUGGGCUUUUUUUGGGGCGCUCUCACCUCCAAAACCACUUAGGAGCUGCCAAAGAUAUUUGUUUGCAGCCUUCCCUGCAGUGUGCCGGGUUUGUAGCGUGCACAUUAACAGGAGGAGUAUUGAUUUUCUGGAUUGCAACACAGACCUGGAUGUUGGGAAGCCCUGGUCCCAAAGGUGUAAAAUUUAGUUUCUUUUGGAACAUGAUCUAGUAGCCCUUAAAAUGGGGGAUAGAAUGUAUCAGUACUAAAUUUAUUUUUAUUUUUCACAGUGUUACAGAGAGCUUUUUUAUGGCACAUGUGUAUGUAACGUAAUUAUACCUCGUCUGUUUUCAAGAGCCACUUUGUUAAAGCGUCUCUCUGUUAUGGUUCAAAAAUGUAUUUUGAUGAGCAAAGUGAUGGGAAAAACAGAUCCCACCACCCGUUUGGGUUGGUGGAUCCCAGCGGUCCUGCUCCCGGCAGCAGAAAUGCCCCGUUCCCGGAGCAGAGCUGAGCCCGUGGCCACCAGCUGCUCCGCUCCUCCCGGCCAGCACCGAACCCACCCCGAGGACAUCUCACACCAGUGACAGUCUUGCCAAAUUUCAACCUCUUCUCAAUAUUGUACAUACUGGCAUUGAUGACGUUGCUCCACGCUGUUGGUUUUCUUUUGCUUGGUCGCUGAGCCAGCUAAUUGUUAAUGUGCUUUUUCAAAAUGAUUGAGAGUUUGAUAGUCUUUAACUGUCAGUCCAGUGUAUUAAUCUGUGUUGCCACGACUCUGACUCCAGCCUUGUGCAUUUUAAAGAUAACCAUCGUAUCGGGACAGCCGUGUUGAAAUGUCAUUUGGAGCGGAGGGCUGGAUUUGGCAAGGGAAGACAAAUUAAAAAUGUAUCCAGUUGAUUAAAAAAACCAAAAAAGGGAGCGAUUUAAUGAUGGCUGACAUCAAGAGAAGAGCCAAAAAAUAGCAUGCAUUGAUUCCCAUAAUCAUCCGAAGACAGGCUGCUCAUCUUUAUUCAUAGCCCUUCCGAGCCGUGCUCUGCGAUGCUGAGAGCAUCUCUGCCAUGCCAUGCAUUAGACGUGCUCUUCAGACGCUGAGCACGCAGAGGAGCUGAGCACACCGACGUUCCUCCUCUGCGCCGUCCCUUCCCCCUGUGAAUUUUAGGGUGCAAUUGAAGUGAUGAGAGCUCUGCCGUUGGGUCCAUCCUGGUGGAUCGGCGGGAGAAUCCGAGCUGGGCUGGUAUAGGGUCACGUAAAGCCACUUGUUUUAAGAACAGGUUUGAAGAUUGUUUUGAGAAGGCAGCAAGAUUAGAAAGCAAAAUAUCUCUGAAGGUGUUCAAGGGCGCUAAGGAAGGCUCAGCCUCAACCCCACGGGAUGGGGCUCAGCGGCUGGAGAAGGCUCCCAGAGCCGACGUAUGAAGAUCCGUGAGGCUGCUGUGCUUGCCCCACGAGAUUUUUGGGAAAAGUCAGGAUUCCUGUGAUCCCAUCCUGGCCUCCAGCCUCUUUCCGCAGGUGCUGGCAAAAACUCCUGCAGGAUUAAUGGCUCAGAAACCAGCCUUUGAGCACCCUGGAGGCUUCAACUGACGCGCACGCUUGGAUGUUUUCUGAGCCAGGUGUAUCAAAUGCUGUUACUGCUGCUGAAUCCUUGUAAAAUUACGGAAUUUGUGGGAUAGCAUUUUUCUCCCCUGAAAAACUUGGGGAGCGGCAUGCUCCCCAGUCUUUUCCUUUCCUUUCCGUUGCACAGCCAGCUGGAAAGUUGUCCCUCAGGCUCAGGUGAACACCAAGUAGCAGCCCUGGGUGAAUUAAAUGACAUAGCUCUGUAAUCCCCACAUUUUUGUCCACCAGCCUCUGACACAGGUCAAUUAAUACGUUUCUUUUUCGCAUUUCUUCUGCUUUCUCCAAGAUGACAUCAGUGCAUCUAUAAAGGGAAUGGUCUGAGGAACCACUGUGCCCAACUGGUGUUUUCCCUUACACAUCAUCUUGCUGACCAUCACAAGGCUGGGAUGCUGAUGCUGUGGUUUAAAUGCAUCGCUCCCAUCCCUGAGGAUGAUUUCGGAGCAGGACAAUUUAUCUGGCAUUACACAAGUCAUUGAUAGAGCUGGAGUUGCAAGUCGAAUGGUAUUAAGGGGAAACGUAGCUGGGAAAUGGUAAACCAGUGCCUGAAAUAGGGCAGUUUGAAUGCAGAACGACGUGUUUGCUGCCACAUCCCUCGUGCCGCCAUUAGGAUACUGGAAAUGGGACUUGAUUAUUCAAAUUGCUCAGGUCUUGCAGGAAAAUUGCCUGCACUGCUGAAGGUCAGCCGUUCCCAUGGCUGAAUUUAGCAUCUUGCAAGGAGAACGGGCUCUUAAUUCAUCACCUGAGGUCUCAAAACAUUGCAAGUGGGGGGCGUUGCAUCAAUCAUCGACCUCCAACACAGGAGCUGCUCAUGUUUCUUAAUUUCCCAUCCUUUACUAUGCAACUUACCUUCACAGCAUCUUCCUGGGACCGAGACAGCUGGAUAUAAUUUUUGUCUUUGCUUUCCCUCGUUCGUGUGCGCAGCUGGGUAAGGCUGAAACGUUUCCAUGACUGUCUCAACUGGAACACACGUUGGGUAUAUGUGACAGCGAAAUAUUGCCUUGUGAAAUUCAGUGCAUCAGGCUGAAAAACUAAAGCCUUCUCUGCAAGAAGGCGAAAUCUUGACUAAUUAGGUGCCAUAGAAAUGAUGCAAUUUUGGACUGGAGAUGUAAAGCGCAGUCUUGUUACUCCGAGUUCAUUUUCAACUCUGGUUUUGCCAGUGAGCUGUGUUGCGAUUGUUUAAACUUGUUCUUUUGAUACCAGUCUGAUGCUAAAAAAAGCUGCUGCAUCCCAUCAUCCUGGUGACCUCCACCGUGGUGUGGACCUUGUGUUCAGUUACCGGUAAAAAAAGUGAUUGAUUUUUUCUGUUGUUGUUGUUGCGUGAUUUUUUUACCUGACGUUGAAUUUAUUUUUUUAAUGUGUUUUUUUUUCAUUAGAACUUGAAACUGUUAUUUCAUACGCAAAGUUCAAUAAAAUGGCUGAAACAUG